AUCAAUUAAAAAUUCAACUGUUGACAAUACUGUUGAUAAUAUACCAAAUAUUAACUCUUCGACAAUUACAAAUAUUCCAUCACCAUGUUCAGUUACAGCAGUAGUUAAUAAUAAUAUUGCACAUGAAGGUGAAUUACAGCAACGCCAAAGUGAUGAAAUCAAGUCAUGUUCUUUAAAUAAGGUUCCUCUGGUUAAUAGUGAAUUUAUAUCACUUAUUGGAUCGAUGAAACUUAAUGUGCAAGUUAAUAAUCGUGAUAAAAAUCUUGCUGCAUAUGAUAUUCGUGGUCCUAUUUAUCGAAUGAUAGCUGCACAAGAUUUUAUUC